AACCCAGUUCAAGCCAGUGGGCGCCCCGUCCACGGAAAGGCCUUCGGUUAAGUGAAUCCCAGUGAUGGAAUCUCUGUGCAAUGCCAGCGAGCCUCCACUACGGCCGGCGGCUCGCAUGUCCUCCGGCAGCGAUGAGCUGCAGUUCCUCGGCUGGAACGUGCCCCCGGAUCAGAUACAAUACAUACCGGAGCACUGGCUGACCCAACUGGAGCCGCCCGCCUCCAUGCACUACAUUCUGGGCGUCUUCUACAUCUUUCUAUUCUUCGCCUCGACCCUGGGCAAUGGGAUGGUUAUUUGGAUAUUCAGUACAUCGAAAUCCCUGCGCACACCCUCGAACAUGUUUGUGCUCAAUCUGGCCGUCUUCGAUCUGAUCAUGUGCCUAAAGGCGCCCAUUUUCAUCUACAACAGUUUCCAUCGCGGCUUUGCCCUGGGCAACACGUGGUGCCAGAUCUUCGCCUCCAUUGGCUCCUACUCGGGCAUCGGUGCUGGGAUGACGAAUGCGGCCAUUGGCUACGAUCGCUACAAUGUCAUUACCAAGCCUAUGAACCGCAACAUGACCUUUACCAAGGCCGUAAUGAUGAACGUCAUCAUUUGGCUGUACUGCACGCCGUGGGUCGUACUCCCACUGACAAAGUUCUGGGAUCGCUUUGUACCAGAGGGAUAUCUCACAUCCUGCUCGUUCGACUAUCUCUCGGAUAACUUUGACACCCGCCUCUUUGUGGUCACCAUCUUCUUCUUCAGCUUCGUCUGUCCCACGCUGAUGAUCCUGUACUACUACAGCCAGAUAGUGGGACACGUCUUCAACCACGAGAAGGCUUUGCGGGAACAGGCGAAGAAAAUGAACGUGGAAUCGCUGCGCUCCAACGUGGAUAAGAGCAAGGAGACGGCCGAGAUACGGAUUGCCAAGGCGGCCAUUACCAUUUGCUUUCUGUUCUUUGUGUCCUGGACCCCCUAUGGAGUGAUGUCCCUAAUCGGAGCGUUUGGUGACAAGAGUCUGCUGACGCCAGGUGCCACAAUGAUUCCGGCCUGCACGUGCAAGCUGGUGGCCUGCAUAGAUCCGUUUGUGUAUGCCAUCAGCCAUCCAAGAUACCGCAUGGAGCUCCAGAAGCGGUGUCCCUGGCUGGGUGUCACUGAGAAGUCAGGCGAGGCUUGCUCGGCCCAGUCUACGACCACGCUGGAACAGACGCAGCAGACCACAGCGGCCUAGAACAAUGAUCAAUCGUCUGACCCAACUGAACUUGUAAUACAAUGGACAACGGAAACUAUAACAACGAAUUUAGGAUAGAGGCUAGCUAAGCCAAAGCAUUAAUUAACUUUUAUGAUUUUUAGAUCCACAUUUGAGUUAUUGGUCCGUGAAUCAAUAAAGUAGCAAGUUAUGGCAAGAGAGA